AUGGGUCUCAAAAAAUCGAAACUGUCGAACCUUGAAGUUCAAAACGUCCUUCCUCCAAGUCAAUCACCAAAUCACAUUGAUAUUCCAAUUGGUGUCAAUACAAAUGAUUGCAAAUUCAUGUUCAUUGGAAAUCACACCUUUUUAAUUCCAACGGUCAAGUUGAAUGAUGUGAUGCGAAAAAUGGAAUAUAGAGAUGAUUGGAUUCCGAUUCAAUUCAUGAUUGGAGGAAAAGAUGGAUCGAAAAAAGUAAUGGCAUUUGGUCAUUCUGACAGUUUAGUGAUUAUUGUUACAGAGAAAUUUAAAAUUUAUUGUGCUGGAAAAUCAAGUGAACUCAACUCUGUUUUUAUGAAUAAUACAUGGAGAGAUUUUAAAACCAUUCAUAACACAUUGGAUGACUUUGUGGAUGAAAUUCAUUGCAUCAAAGAGAGUGCAUUGUUUGUUACAAAAACUGAAAGAUCUGUCUAUGCAUUUAGUAACUCCAAAUUAGCUAAAUUAGGACUUGGAGAAACGACAACUGUGGAUCCAAUGAAAUUGAAAGUUGCUCAUCAAAUCACAAAAGGACACAUUGAAGAAAUUGAAUUUCCUAAAAUUAAAUCCAUUGCAUUUAGUGAGAAUAUUACUGCAUUUCUCACCGAAGAAGGCAAGGUUCUUGUGUGUGGAUAUGGUAAAGAAUUAAGAUUUCCUAUUAAGGACGAAUCUGAACAACCUUUUCAGAGAUUGGAUACUCCCACUCUCAUUAAGAGUUUAUUAAAAGACAAAAUAAUUACUCAAGUUGCAUGUGGUGAUCAUCACAUGUUGUUUUUAACCAAUAAUGGUGAGCUCUAUGUUUGUGGACAAGGAGAGAAAGGUCAAUUAGGAAAUGGAAAACAAGAGAAUGUGGAAGGUGCUGUGAAACGCGUGAAAUUUGGACUUGGUGUGAAAUUCAUUGCAGCUCAGAGAGAUUUUUCUGUAAUUGUUACUGAAAAUGAUCAAGUUUGGAGAUUUGGAGAUUUGGAAUGGCAGGUGAAGAACAAACCUUUUAUUUAUCCUUUACCUCAAUUAUUGACAGAAUAUAACGAUUUAGGAAAUCCUCCAGUUAAGAAAAUUGUGGCCAUUCACUCUGCUACGAUCAUUCAUACCAUGAGUGAUGACAUUUAUAUUGUAGGACCACUGGAUUACAAAUUGGGAUAUGCAGGUUUUAGAAGAAUUGAAAUUCCAAAACCAAGUCUGAAUACUCGUGUGAAAUUACAUGUGGCUAGUAAUUCGAUGGUGUGUGAAUUUUUGGAGGAAGAACAAUGA